AUGAAAGGAUCAUGGAAGAUGAUUCAGGCAGCCACAAGUCGUGCAGACGGAGAUCGCUUGCGUCAAGACUGUCAAAGGUGCCGCAGCAAGUUGCGUCAGCGACAGCAACGUGGAAACGAGGAGGAGCGUCGCAUGCUUCAGCGCAGCCUGCAGGGAGGUGUCUUCAGCGAGAAACGGGUGGCUCCAGUCGUGAAGGCAGGCACCGGCCUGACAUCGCAAGAUACACAGCCGGCAGAGGCUCCAACCUUCGUUCAAGGGAAAGCCUUGACGCGUGAUGGAGCGGCAGAUGUCUUAGAGGACUUGUUGGUUGCCUACAGUGAUGCAGAUUUCCUUCAGCGUGUGGACAAGCUUAGUAGGGACGUUGCCUUUGAUGCCUUGGAAUUUGCGAAACACCUGGCACGCCUGAGCUUUGAGGCUCAACAGCCAAUCUUGAAGAAGUGGGGCUUCGAGGCCUCCAUCACUGGAGCGCAAGAGAUGAAACAGGCGCUGAAGGAGCAAACGCAACGCGACACGGAACUCGAGGAGCUGUCCAACAAGGUGAGCCGAGCUUUGUAUGGAAGUCCCGACUUGAUGAUGUACGAGCGAGUGAAGUUGCUGCUGGACGUCCCAAAAAAGGAUGGCGUGCCGUGAUGGCACGGAUGGCGUGCCGUGCGAAUUUGUUGCCAGGGGAGGUGAUAGGAACGACAUGUGGGA